AUCCAUCUAGGUAGGCUGCACUGAUUUAAUUUUAUGAAUGGCAUCCUCUGGAGACCCCAAAACUAAUGUGCGAGGGCGAAAAAAGAAAAACUCAGCAAAUGGGAUGUUAUUGGGUGUCAUGUGGCCACAUUUUUUGAGAACGUGCUAAAAUCAAUCAUUCAGAUUCAAUGCGUGUCAUCCGUGAGAUUUAGUAUGUCAGUGUGGCCGAACAUUAGAAUGAAUAUGCAGAAGAAAUGCCUUAGCUUAGGGCAUCUUUUUUGUUAACCUUAAAUCUCUUUAUCGCAACCCUUUCCCUGUGGUCUGCCUUGAUACUAACGGUAACGGUACCAUACUAACACCGUGUUAUUACUUGGGUAAUCAGUGCCCUGACCCUUAUGACCUCUAACCUACGUUCGAGGAGACGAGGUUUCUGGGUCAGCCACAUCGUUUUUUUUCCCGGACUGGAGACUUCUUCGAUCAUCUAGUAAAGGAAGAACUGUUUCUACCCACCUCCCCCAUUGGGUAUGGUUAUCAAACAGCAUGCCCAGGCAGCAGGAGUUCAUCUGUGGCCUCUCGCACGAGGUGACCAUAGCAGUCCUCCCCAGACUGAACAUGGAGGAGCUGAUGUUUGAACUCAACAGAAGGAUUCAAAACCUGGACAAACAGAACAGCAUCAAGGACAGGCUGGUCAGUAUCCUUAGGGACGUGAUGUUGGAGGAAUAUCGCCAGUUGAAAUCGCAAUCAGAAAUGACCAUGCCUGAACAAGACUGUGAGACAGUACUAGUAACAAUGCAUGAGAACAUUCCAACAACGUACGCUGAUACACUGUUAACAGCGACUUCAAGUUCAAGUCCUCUUGCCUCACUGCAAAAUUCUGGACUAGACAUUGUGAACAGCGAGGAAAACAACGAUACCAGCAAUGAAGUACUCAUGCCCAAAGAGGAGCUCGCACUUCAUGCAGUCCAGGUGCAGUUGAAAACUACGCUUUCUCCAUCUGAUACCUCCCUGAUACAAACGAAUAACGUAGUAGACUUUCGCAUUAAAGAAGAAGAAGACGUUGCUAUGACGACCGAGGAUGAAGCAGGUAAAGCUUGUCAUGAUGAGCUCGACAUUGACAUUUCCACUUUCAGUAUGCAGGAACUAGAUACAAUUAAUCCAAUGGGUCAUUCCUGCAUAGAGAAGCCUUUGGAAGGCAACCAUACCUUUGAGAACACAGCUUUAACGUCUUCUGAACCGACUCCAGACUACGAUCAAAUCGGGCAAAGUUCCCAACCGCCCAGCCUGAAUCAGGAUGAUGGUUGCACUGAUGACAGAGAGACUGGUUUGGUGAACAGUGGACAUGAACAAAGUCUAAAAGUGAAUAUUGAGGAAACUGCUUCUUGUGAAGUGGUUGUGACUCAGGACCAGGAUUCUGAAAACAGGGUGUCUCUACUUUCUAAUAAGAACUCUGGAGUUAAUUGCGAACGGUACACGUGUGACGUUCGUGGAUAUAAUACAUCAAAGGUACAUAAAAUCUCCAAGCAUAGGCAACAUCACAAAGAAAAGCCUUUCAUGUGUGGUGAAUGUGGUUAUAGGGCAUCAAAUAAGCCCAGACUUGUCGAUCAUAUGAGGAAACACACUGGCGAGAAACCGUUCAAGUGUAACCAAUGUCAUUAUCAGGCAUCAUAUAAAAGUUUGCUUGUUAAGCACAUGAAAAAACACAGUGACGAGGAACCUUACUGCUGUGACAUUUGUGAAUACAAGACCUACAACUGGUCACACAUUAAGAGACAUAUGAAGUACCAUGCUGGUGUGAGACCCUACAAAUGUGAGCAGUGUGAUUACAGCGCUGUUGUUAAGGACAAUCUUACGAAACACAUGAAAUGUCACACCCGUGAGAGACCCUACUGUUGUAAAAUGUGUAGCUUCCAGGCAAGUCAAAAGGCCAACCUUGUCAAGCAUAUGAUAACCAAGCACCAAUAAACAAAA